GGCCAAGGACGGAGCAGGUAACCAGUGCUGCUACAACAACGACGGAACCCUCAGUCACUCACAGCUUCACGUGUGGGGCGUUUACCCGUACAACUACCCUGGCCGAGUACCGGAGCUGUCUCACUGGAGGCAUGAUGUCUCCAGCUUCUUUUACUGUUGUCUGUGGAACGAAUAUGAACUCUGUGACCUUUACAUGGAGCUGCGACCUACUACCGACUGCCAGAACUACGACGUCCCAGGCAUCGCCCUGACCGGUGUUGCAGUCACUGAAGGCAUAGAGAAGAUUGAGGUCAGUUUGGCAUUGGAUGGAAUCAAGCAGAGACGUGCUCUAGAUAUCAGAGUCGGCGGGGAAAUCCAAUAUUUCUUGGAUUCAUCUUCUUUCUGGCAGGAUUUCCGAGGUAAUUAUUGCGCAAUAGUUAACAAUGCGGCAAAUGUCAAGGACAACCGCCAUGACAACUUCACCAUCUUGCUGACCAAAACAAACGUUGGCAUCACCGUGGUGGCCUCGCAUGACUUGUUACAGGUCACAGUAGCCGUGCCUCCAAACUUCAAGUCCGGGAACAACCCAAACGUCGUGGGACUUCUUGGAGCCUACGACGCUAGUGCAGACAACGACUUCUUCAACAGACAAGGACAAGUUAUUUCCCCAGCGAGAGCCAAGAAGGAAAUCUAUGAGAAUUUUGUCCUCACCUGGAAGAUACUCGAAGACGACUACAAGCUGUUCAGGUUCUACCACCCAGCCGAGAACCUUGACCUGCAGCAUUCAGUUUUUGAGUACAGCCAGAUCCCAUCCAACUUUUCGGAUGCGCCUACCCCAUACCAAGUGAACCAGGUCUGUGCGAACAGCGAUAACUGCAAGUGGGACUACAAGAUUAGUGGUGAAGAGGUUGUUGCUAGGGCAACCAGAGACGCAGACGACUGGCUCCAGAACCUUGAAAGAUCCGCGUCUCCCGUUGAAAGUUGUGGUUUCCCUGAGGUGGGCGAUGACGUCACGCUGAGUACAGAGAACUUCACUACAGGAUCGGAAGUCAAGGUCACUGGCUGCAGGAAUCAACAGUCACUGGACUCACCAGUUGUGUUCAGGUAA